AUGAAGGGGAUACAUUUCCAUUUUAUGUUUCGACUAUUCUCUAUGUGAUAUAACAACAUUGCUCUCUAUGGGAAUAUCCUCAAUCAAAGUUGAGUCUAGUGAGGACCUCAACAAUUUAAAAUUUUCAGCAAUUCAAUUCAGAAAAACCAUGUAUGAAACUAAUUGAUUUUUUUCCCACCCUUUUUCAAUGAAAAGAGUAGGUUUCACGUCCUAAGUCAUUUGCAACUCUAUAAUUGUAAUCAUGGAAGGUGAACCUGCAGGUAAAACAUGCUAUAUACCUGAGGAUCAGCCUGGCCCGGCAUCAAAGAAGCUCAGAGCUGCUGAUGACGGCCCUGACGGCAAUGAACCCGCUGCUACUGCAGGACAGAAACAUGCAGUCUAUUUUUGCACACUCACCAAGGCAGACGUCAAAAAGAACAUGAAUUCAUUUUGUAAAUUACAAGUUACCAUGGCAGAGACGAAAUACAAAGUUCAUCGUCAAUCCGGACGCGUGGGUGAUAAAAAUCUGCUAUGCAAAGAGUGGGGUGUUUUCCCGGGAGAAAAUGAAGCUCGGAAAUUAUUUGAAGUUUUGUUAUUUGAAGAAACCGGCUACAUAUGGAAGGAUCGUGAGAAAUCUGAUCCCAUUGAUGGGAAAUACGCAUGGCUUGAAAUGGCCCAAGGAGGGGAUGUUGCGGAUGGCAGCAGUUCAAGCCUCAAGCCAGACCUUCACAUCAACGAUUUAAAUUUUGACCCACGUCAGAUGCCCCUGGGGAGGCUCAGCAGGAGGCAAAUACAGAAGGGCUUGGAUGCGCUCGACGCGCUCGCGGCGGCCAUCAGGAAUAAGGCAAACGAGGUGGAGAAAAACAAGAAAAUGAGCCUCUUCUACACGCUCUACCCUUGCAACGUCGGUGGCAAGAAAAAUAAACUGCCCAAGCUACUGAUUGAUGACAUCACUGAGCUGAAGAAGGCCAUAAAAUCUCUGCUCUAAUCUAAUGCUCUUUGGAAUUUUUUGUCGAGGUCUGAGAUAUAAGCUACCUUAAGCAUUCCAAAGUACCUACACUAUUGCCUGGUAAAGAAGGAACAACAUUCCAACUUGGCAAGGAAUAUAUCAUAAUAAAACCUACAUCCUCCGACAAAUUACUUAACAUUUCUUGUCAAUUUUUGAAAUCUAAUUUUCUGACACAAAAUUUCUGUCAUAGAAAUUGUUUCGUACUUAAAUUUAAUCAAUAUUCUAAAAAAAAGUUUUCUUGGCUUCUUCGUAGUCCGGGAAUCUAUUGCCUGAACCUAACGCGUUUGUUGUGUUGCAAGAAAGACGCGAAAUAAGCAUAAAUUAAUCAAUAUAAUUAUAGGAUGGAUUACUAAUUUGAAUUGUAAAGUAACUUAAAUAAAUUCAUCAAGUUUUCACAGUGUGUGCUCAUUUUAGGCUCAAGACAUUUUUGCUUUCCGUUGCUUCAAUUUCCAUUCUGGACAAGUAUUUCAACAUAAUUCUAACGUCGUGUUUCAACAUAGGCUCAACUAUAUGAUGCUUGCUGUGAACCUGCACACGGAUUAUUAAUUAAUUUGAUUUCGACUGGUGUCAUUCAUGUCACAUUGGGAUACUUAUUGGCAGAUUGUGUAAUGCUGUCGAUUUGAAGUAGAAAAUAAUAUUGUCGAUAAGUUAAAUUAAAUUCCGUGCCUCUUUGACAAUUCAGUAACAUGAGGUUAAACCUGGUAUAAUAAAAGACGAUUCCAGCGUUCCAGAGCAGUGGUUGACGCACUUGAUUAUGUGACUAGUGUUUUUUGAUUAGAUCGUGCUCGGCUCGGGUCGCCUGCCGAAGACCACAACUGCCCUGGAUGUA